CACUCAUGUGGCAAGAUGGCGGAUCUGGAAGCUGUUCGAAGAGAAUUUCAAGAAGUUCAACUGUCUGCUGCCAAACAAAAAUUAUCAGAAAGAAAUGUAGUAGAAAUUGUUGCUAAAUUGAUAGAAUUGAAUUAUAUAGAUGUUGUUUAUACUUGUGAUGGUAAAGAAUAUCUCACACAUGAUGAAAUCAAUAAAGAAAUCAAAGAGGAACUACAAGUUCAUGGAGGAAGGAUAAAUUUAGUGGAGUUACAAGAGAUACUUAAUGUUGAUUUAAGUGUUAUUGAAGGACAAGUUGGAAAGAUUAUUAAACAGGGAACAUUUUCAUUGGUCUUAGGUCAACUUAUUGAUAAAACGUAUCAGAAUCAGUUAGCUGAAGAAGUUAAUGAUAAAUUACAAGAACAAGGUUAUAUUAAAAUAGCUGAUAUAGUCAGACAAUAUGAUCUUCCAUUUGAAUUUGUUUCCAAGGUAUUAAUAUCAAGGAUUGGAUCAACUAUAAAAGGAAGAGUUGAUAAAUUUGAUCGAGAUGUUAUAUUUACUGAAGCUUAUGUUAGAAGAAUGAAGGCUAAGAUUAGAGGAGCUCUAAGUGCUGUAACAAGCCCAUUUACAGUAACAGCUAUUCAAAAUCAUCUUGGUUUACAAGAAAACCUUUUUACUUCUAUAUUAGAAGACCUAAUUAAAAGUAGUAGAUUAUGUGGUAAUUUAAUGGGAAAUAUUUAUACACCUGAUAUCUAUGUUAAAUCACAGAAUGACUGGGUAGAUACAUUUUAUCAACAGAAUGGUUAUUUAGAAUACGCACCACUUCAUAGAUUAGGUAUAACAGAAGUUAAAGAAUAUAUUAAACAAAGAUUCCAUCAAGAAGAUAUAGUAUAUCUCAGUUCAUCUUGUGCUGGUAAAGGUUUACAAGAUUUAGUUGAGGCCAGUGUUGAUGAAACACUGUCUCAAGAUACCUGGUUAGAUAUAUCAACCAUUUUACCAUCAGUAUUUACAACAAAUGAUGCACAACAAUUACUAACAGCUUAUCUAAAGAAUCAUAAUGGUGCUAUUAUCUGUGGUAAAACUAUAAUAGCUAGUGAGAAAAUCAUUACACAAUGUCAUGAAAUUUUUAAAGAUAGAGUGAUAAAGAAGGCCAAAAAGGAUGCCCUUGCCGAUCCUAAGAAGUUUGCUCCAGAUGAAGGUAAAGGUAGAUCAUCCAAGGAUGAUGAUUUUGUUGAUAUGAAAGAAGAAAGAAGAGAACAGAGAAGGAAAAAGGCUGCAGCUGGAAGUGGUAGUACUAAAAGUGGAGGAGGAACUCAAGGUAGAGAAAUUAAAACUAAAUCAACUAAGAAGAAAGGUGGACGAGGUAGAGACAAUGAUAGAGGUGGUGAUUCUGAUGAUGAUAAUAAUAAACCAUCUCAAGUUGAAGUUAUAGAAUUUUUGAGUAUUGAGGAACUAUCAGAGAUUAUUAGAGAUCAACCUUUCUUACGUGAUUGUCCUGAAAAAUUAAUCAAAGAAAUAGCCACACAACUUUAUAGACCAUUAAAUAAAGAAUAUUUAGAAGUAGUAAAAUCAACAUUAAGUGAAAUAGUUGGUACAACCUCUAGUGUAGAUAGAAAGAAAACACAUAAUGUAUUACAAGAGAAAAUAUUAGGCUUAUGGACCAAUGUUAAAUUAUUUGAAAAAGGCCUGAAGAAUUUUAAAGAUGAUACUCAAACUCAACUGAGUAAACAUCUAUUAAAUACAGUAUGUAAUGAUAUGUGUAAUAUAAUAGUUAAUGCUGUAGCAGGAGAUCAUCAAAUGUCUGUUCAAGAUGAAUCUACAUUAACUAACGAGGAGCGUUUAAAAUUAAUUAUGAAAUUACCUAGUAAAGAUCAAGUACCUUUAACUAAAUUACAUCAAGCUGUUAGAGGAAAGAGCUUAGAUGAGUUUUUUAAUCAGUUUGAAAAUUUAUGUGGACCAGAACAUUUAGGUCUCAUGUUAAAAAAACCUGAUAAGAAGAAAGAAAGACAGCUAACAUUUAGUCACCGCCAGUCUCUAGCUGCUCAGUUAAAAGAUGAGAAUGAUCCAGCUAUGACUUUACAUUUAGCUAGUGUGAUAUUAUUUUAUACCUUUACACAGACAAUAUUAGAUACACCAGGUCGACUGGUACCACAGAUAGUUCAAUUCUUAUCCACUUAUCUAGAUACAGAAAAACAAACAAUAUUGACAGACUUUCAAGAAUUAGUUAUAAAAUCAGCCAAAUUAAAAAGUUCGGAAGAAGAAAUAGAAGAUUUAGAUAGUAUUGAAAAAGAAAUGAAAGAUUUAUUACCUCAAGUUAAAGAAAUAGCAUUAACUACCAGAAAAUCAGCUGGUGGAAAUGAAGACUAGAUAUAUAUAUAUAUAUAUAGCUAGUUUAUCAACAAUUGAUCAUUAUGGAGAUGGGAAUUUUACAAGUUUAUAAUCUAUUUCACGAAUAUCCAAUGUUACACCAAAUAAAUUGUCAAAUCACAAGGCUUUAAAUCAAAUACAGUCAAUUAUUUUAUUAAGGGGUUGUGCAGUAGCACUCCAAUAUAAAACAGCAAAAUCAGUGGACGACCCCUGAGGAAUGAGAAUGACCGUCUUUGUAGCCUAAAAUGAUUGUAAUUACCAAAGUUUUUAGGACUUGUGGGGGAUCAAGGCUAUCUUUCCAACCAAGAGUUGUCCUAUGUAACUGAUAAAGGUCUAGUAAUAUUUCAAGCAGAAAUGAAGAUUUUAUUUGUGAAAAUAGAAUAUACAAAUGAAAUGAACUGAAUGCUUCAACUAGCAUUGAUACACUGAUACAAAAAUAAAUUACAUUAUAUUGAGAAUGAAUAAAUAAACUUCAGAUUUAAAUUUUUUUAGAUCUGAUAAAAGGAUGAUUACUUUAUUUGUUUUGGUGAAACUAUAAUGAAUAACAGGACCUCAUGUCUUUCUUUACUGAUUCUAAUGUGAUAACUAACAAAGGUUUUAGGUUUUAACCUUGAUCAAUCAGCUGGUAUUCUCAUGGCCUGAUAGCCUUUAUUAAACUCAAUAUUAAUGGUGUUGCAAAUAGCAAUCUGUGUGGAAUACACAAAAUAUUAUGCUUAAACAAAACUAAUUCGCUAAGAAAUAAUUUUUUAACCAACAAGGUCAAGCUACAAGAAUAUCUGCUUCUCAGACCAAGAAUAAGAUGUUAAAGACUGUCCUUGAUGAAUUAAACAUUUUGUGAUAGUUUGAGCAGAACCAAGAAUUCUAUUUCUAAGCAUUGAGAAAUAUUACUAUUAGACAAGAAAAUAGUUAACUAUCAACAAGAAAUAACUGAUCAUGUAUCAUAGCUUCAGUUGACAUGUGGUGCUGAUUGUCUUGUUGGCAUGGCGUAAGGUGCUCCUAGAAAUUGAUCAGCAAUUCUCCCUGCCUCUCGUAAUCCACUGAGGAAAGCACCAUGUACUGUAGCAGGGUAGUUUCUAACAGUAUGUUCUCCUGCG